AAUAAUAUUAAUCGAAAGCGUCUGCUAAAAUGUGAAAUAAACUGUUAUCCCUUGUGCUUCAGCAGCGAGGACUCUACGACUUGAUCCAGCUGUAUUGAAGAAAAAUGGCAACCAUCUCCGCCGGCACCCCUACCUCGUCCGUCACCCACGCUGGUCUUGCACACAAGCGGCCCCUAGGGCGUUCCCCUCGUGUUGGGAUGCCAGCAAUGGCUAAAGUGGGAAGAGUGAGAUGCUCCAUGGAGAGCAAGAGUGGCGAGGAGCAAAGCAAAUCAGAGGCAAAGGUGGGGAUGGGAGCAUCACUGGUGGCAGCUGCAUGCGCUGCAACGAUGUCAAGCCCAGCCAUGGCUCUAGUGGACGAGAGAAUGAGCACUGAAGGAACGGGGCUUCCCUUCGGUCUCAGCAACAACCUUCUGGGCUGGAUCCUCUUGGGCGUCUUCGCUCUCAUUUGGGCUUUCUAUACUGUCUACACAUCUGGACUUGAUGACGACGAAGAGUCUGGAUUGUCUCUCUAAUUCCUCGCAUCAAGUUUAUAAAAAAAAAAAAAAAAAACUCCCAUCAAUUACUCUUUUAUGCAGACUCCUCUCCUUUCCUAAUCAAUCUUGAGUCUUCCAUCAAUACCACUUGUGCAUCCCUUCCCAGUUCCCACACUUAAUCACUUCCUUCUUUCUUCAUUUGCUACUUACUCUGCUCUUUGUUUAUUUGUCACUCCAAAUCCAAAUCUGCAACUGUAGUGUAAACUGUAAAGUAUAUAUCAAAAUUGUGCCGAGCAAAAUAUUAAUCAUAAAGCUUUCACAGCGAAAA